AUGAUGCGACCAGGACCCCCCAUGUGUCAGCAGCACCAACUGACACAGCUUCUGAGCAAGGAUAUCAUCUGCCAUUUCUUUUGCUCUGACUUGUCACCCUGGUUAAACAUCCUCAGGUUCCCCAACGCAUCCUCUGGUCUCUGAAGCUGUUGGGGUUGUUGAACGCUACCCUUGUUUAUGGCCUAUACUGGCUACCUGCUGUUGGGGGCCACCAUCUUCCAGCUGCUGGACUCAAUCCGGGACCAGUUCCAGCUGCAGAAGCUGCACUUCCUAGAGAACUGGAGCAGUUCCUCCCCUUCCUUUCUGACCAUGCCACUCCAACGGGUGAUCCUGGAAGCCUGGGAGACAGGCGUGAACCCCAAAGGCAACCCCACCAACCCAGAUGGGGACUUCGGAAGCAGUUUCUUCUUUGAGGGCACAGUGGUCACCACGGCAGGCUAUGGAAACCUGGCGCCCAGCACAGAGGUGGGGCAGGCCUUCUGUGUCUUUGCCCCAAUAAGCAUCCCACUCAAUGUGGUCUUCCUUGACCUGGGAACAGGAACACUGGACAGGUGGGAGGACCAUCCCAGGUGUUCUCAGCUCCUGCAGGUCCUGGGCCUUGCUCUGCUCCUGACCCCGGGGACUCUGGUCAUUCUCGUCUUCGCACCCUUGUUACUCAACCACGUGGAGGGCUGGAGCUUUGCCUUCCUCAUCACCCUCAGCACCAUUGACUUCGGGGACUAUGUUGUCUGCACAGACCCCAGCAAGCAUUAUGUCACCAUAUACCUCAGCUUGGCAGCUGUCUGGAUCCUCCUAGGGCAGGCGUGGCUCCCAGUGGUCCUCAGCCUGGGAUCCCUGCUUCUGCACAGGUGCUCCUGUCUCUGACUGCUCCUCAGAGGCCUGGACCUCAAGAACGGAGGAACCCCUCACCCCAGACCUCAGAAAAUCCCCAUCUCUGCAUGCUGCCCAAGUAUUCCAGCCACCCAUCCUACCUCACCUACCCCCGCCCCAAGCCCAUGCUGUUUCACAUAG